GGGUCUCCUUCUAUAAAUUGUGAAUGUUGCCUCUAAUUCUUCACUCUGCAAAAGCAAUCAAGACUCUUCAGACAAGAUGACCAAGAUGAUCUCAUACAAGGCUCUACUAUUGGCUACCCUGCUGCUGGCUCUCUGUCUCCAAGCAGCCAAGUCACAACCUCGUUCUGUGAAUCAUUCAAAGCAAAUUUGUUCCUGCAAAGUGAUGAAAGCGAAGGUGAUAAAGGCCAAAAUUGAAAGCUUUUUCCUUUCAAGUGGUUGCACCAGAAAUGUUGUUGUGUUUACAACACAACGUGGUUUCCGUUUCUGUGCUGAGCCCGAAGAAGAUUGGGUGAAAAAAGAAAUUCAAAAACUGUCAGAAAAGUAAAACCCAGCAGGCAGGUUCGCCCUCAGGAAACAAAAGCAUUAAUCUGUGCAGAUCAGUUCAUUUUAACCAAAUGAUAUUCAGUAUACUGUCCAGGACCACUUUCACCA